ACGAAGACAGCAUUACAACAACAAAAAGAAAAUAUCCAGGAAUAAAUUUAAGAAGAAAUGGGUUGGCCCUAUGCAAAAACUAUAAAGCAUUAUGAGAAAGAUACAAAGACUUGAUUAAAUGGACAGACAUAUUUUAUAUUUGGAUAGAAAGACUAUUGGUUUAAAGAUGACAAUUCUCUUUAAUCUGUGCAUUUACUUGGAGCCCAAUAAAAAUAGCAAUAUGAUUUUAGGUAGCUGUUCCUUUGAGCUCAAACGUAGCCCAACUAUGAACGGGCGAGUUGAAGCAGAGCUAACAGGGGUUCCUCACUGCUGAGACAUCUGAACAUCAAGCUUAUUUCUCUGAGAACCCACCUGAAUUGAUACUUUUCCUAAUGUAGACAACACCAAGCCACAUAUCUAGUUUUGUCCUAAGUGAAAGCCCUGACUUCUUUUUGCUCAUGACCUAGCCCCAUACCGCAAAAUCAACCAAAGAAUUUCUGUGGAUCCUGUCACCUCUGAACACGAACUAAUGUGUCAGGCUGAGGGUUUCCCUGAGGCUGAAGUCAUCUGGACAAGCAGUGACCAUCGAGUCCUGAGUGGCAAAACCACCAUCACUAAUUCCAACAGGGAGGAGAAGCUUUUCAAUGUGACCAGCACACUGAGAAUCAACACAACAGCUUACGAGAUUUUCUACUGCACUUUUCGAAGAUCAGGUCCUGAGGGAAACAGAAACAAUACUGCUAAGUUGGUCAUUCCAGAACCCCCUCCAGUUCCACCAAAUGAGAGGACUCACUUCGUGGUUCUGGGAGCUGUCCUGGUGUUUCUUGCUGUAACUCUGGCAGUCAUCUGUCUCAAGAGAAAUGGGAAAAUGAUGGAUGUGGAAGAAUGUGGCAUCCGAGAUAGGAACUCAAAGAAACAAGAUGAUAUACAAUUUGAAGAGACAUAAACCAGCAUUGAAACUCCUGAUCUUAAAGCAGGGAUUCUCAGCCUGUGGUUUGAGUUUGGCAGAGCUAUGCAUGACCAGAGCAGUGCAGUGGGCCAGGCGAGCUGCAGAUGCUCUAGGACUUACCAGAUCCAAUCACUCAACAGCGGAAGCUGGGAGAGAAGAGGAGAACAAAGCAAGAAGGAGCAGAGCGGGUAGCCUGCAAGGAGACCUUGGUACUUCAAAAUGACUGGGAGACUCAUGGGCGCCUACGGGAGAGAGGAGGGACGCUUCUGAAAGAUGAGCCCCCACACAAAUCGUCCAUCGCUCAUCCUAGGAAAACAAGUUGAGAUUCCCUGAUUUAAUGGUCAGUUCCUGCAGAAGUGCCCUCUGCCUUCACUCAACGUCUCUGUCGUCUGUAUGACUGAGAGUCCCAGUGUUGCAACAGUAUUUAAGUAUGUUAUUUCUAUUUAUUUUGAGUCUUUGGAGUCUUGUCACGUGAGUGUGGUUGUGAAUGAUUUCUUUUGAAGAUAUAUUGUAGAAGAAGUUAAAAUGUUGUCACAAAACUGAACUUACUGCUUAGUGAAUUGUGCAUGUUCAGUAAAAUGAGUAGUA